CCUGCCCUGUGGCUCAGGCUGUGCUGUGCUGUGCCUAUCUUCGGUUCCUAUCGCGAUUCGCGUUGACGAAUUGAAUUGAAUUGAGUGAUACUAUAGUAAUGGCGGCGGCGAAGCAUACAUCGACGGACUUGUUCAAUCUGAAACCCAACAUCUGGAAGAAGAAGAAGCAGCCUGAUCGGGGUUCGGUUUCUUGCUCUCUGGGCAGCUCUGGUGAUCGGAAAAGGAAGCUUCCGAUUCUCCUCUUCGACGUCAUGGACACCAUCGUCCGUGACCCCUUUUACCACGACGUUCCUCCCUUCUUCGGAAUGCCGAUGAAGGAACUACUCGAGUGCAAGCACCCAAUGGCUUGGAUCGAUUUUGAAAAGGGUUUGAUUGAUGAGGAGGAGCUUGCAAGAAACUUCUUUAUAGAUGGGAGACACUUUGAUAUGGAAGGGCUUAAGGAUUGUAUGAGGUCAGGAUACUCUUACUUAGAUGGUAUGCAAGAGCUUCUUCAGAAUUUGUCAGCUCACAACUUCGAGAUUCAUGCUUUCACCAACUAUCCCAUCUGGUACAACAUGAUCGAAGACAAGUUAAAGCUUUCAGCCUACUUAUCAUGGACCUUUUGUUCCUGUAAUGCUGGUAAGAGAAAGCCUGAUCCAGAGUUUUAUCUCGAGGUUGUGCGACAUCUCGGAGUUGAACCUUCCCACUGUAUAUUCAUCGAUGACAGGCCAGCCAACGUCAAGUGUGCAAUUGAGAUAGGGAUGGGUGGAUUAUGUUUUGAGAAUGCAGUUUCGCUCGCUAAGGAUCUCACACAUCUAGGGAUCAACGUCUCUGUACCCAGAUUAAGAGAGAGAGUCUUUGUUGGAUUUAUAUAAAGCAACAAGAAUAGAGAGAGUGAGUCCCAUGAGACUAAGUAGUAGCGGAGAGCAGUAUGACAGUAAAAAAGGAAGCAGAUGCGAGGAAGAUGAAGGAGAGGAA